CCCAUUUCACACGCUGGUGGAGUCCGAGGACACAUCCUUGUCCAAUCACGUGAGAUAAUCGAUAUCGCUCUCCGUUUGGUCGUGCAAGUCUGCGCAGAUGCGCCGCGUCAGGGCCAAUAUCAAGGCCAAGCGCGGUGCCGCCCGUCCCCCUCAUGGCGCCAGCAGCACGGCCGCCAUUACAUCGCCGCAGCUGAGCAUGGAAGCGGUCGUGGAGGUCAUGAAAUAUCUGCCCAGUGGGGCUGAUGUGGGACGGGCGGAGCGGGUGUGUCGGGAGUGGCGGGAGGCAUCGCGGGUGGGCAAGCACCACGUGUGGGAGGCUCGGGUGGAUGAGCACAAAGCCAAGAUCGGCAAUGCACGGUACGCUCAGCAGAAGCCAUGAGUCGGAGAUGGCUCACUCGGCGUCCAUGGGGGUGUGAACGCCUGUGUGUGAGGGUCGUGCAGGCUGACGUAUGGCAUGAGGGCUGGAGGCCGGUUCGACCACGGGAGCAGCAAGGAGCAGUACGUGGCCGCUGCGUGCACCGAGUGCGGUUCGCUGGCCACAUAUGAGCUGAGUAAGUCUGUCGCAAUCAAUAGCACACUCGUGUGUGUGUGCGUAUGGUCACCUGCCUCUUUGUGUGUGCUGCCGUGUGUGUGCAGGUAAGUACGGCAUUCGGCUGUGCGAGCAGUGUGCGCAGGUAAGCCGAGCUAAACACACACACACACAUUGAUGGAUGGAUGGAUGGAUGGGCGUGUGAAUGGUCCUCCCAUACACACGUGUUUGUGUGCAGGCCGAAAUGAGUGACGAGACGACGUUCCCCAAGUGCCGGAAGGACCUGCACCUUUUCGCAAAACUCAACGUAGGCAAUGCAGCCCACACCCAUUGCUGGUGUCUGUGUGGCUACAUGGCGUGUAUGUGUGCCGUUUGUGUGUCCAGAAGGCGUUGUGUCCGCUGGGCGGCGUCCGUUGUGUGGGCAGCAUGAUGGCCAUCACCCCCACUCCCCCCGCCAGGCAACGAGCCAACCGACGGCCCCGCCGCCGCGCCCAGAUGACCGGCGGCAUGAUCGAGCUCUCGCCCUGACCCACUCAAGUGUGCACAAUGGAUGGGUGGUUGUUCGGUGGUGGGCGGCCAUGUGAUGUGUUGCGACCGAUGGACUCACUUUCCUCGAUAUGGGUAACCAUAUGCCGGCACUGAUGUACAGCGGGUGGGUCCUUGGCGGGGCUGCAUGUCAGUGUGUGGACGUGUGGAUGUGGCUGCCUCAGUGGUGGGAUGAGUGAGACUCGCGU